AUGUCUUGCUACGACCUGUGCUCCACUGCCGUUGGUGGUAUCAACCGCCCCCAGCCCCUCGCUGACAGCUGCAAUGAGCCGUGCGUCCGCCAGUGCCCCGACUCCACGACUGUGAUCCAGCCACCUCCAGUCGUCGUCACCUUCCCUGGCCCCAUCCUCAGCUCCUUCCCUCAGGAUUCCAUUGUGGGAUCCUCUGGAGCACCUGUCCUUGGGGGCUACGGGGGCUCCCUGGGCUAUGGGGGUCUGUGGGGCUUUGGGGGCUCCCUGGGUUACAGGGGCCUCUAUGGCUAUGGUAGACCCUACGGUUCUGCCUAUUGCAACCCUUACUCCUACUGGUACAACAGGUACGGCCGUGGCAGCUGCGGGCCCUGCUAA